AAAGACCAGAUUCACCUCAAGAAAAGGCCUAUGUACCAAAACCUAAGCUCCACCAUGAGACGAGGUGGAUGGCGGAAACGAGCUGAAAAUGAUGGCUGGGAAGAUUGGGGUGGGUAUAUGGCUGCCAAGGUCCAGAAAUUGGAGGAACAGUUUCGAUCAGAUGCUGCUAUGCAGAAGGAUGGAACUUCAUCUACAAUUUUUAGUGGAGUUGCCAUCUAUGUUAAUGGAUAUACAGAUCCUUCUGCUGAGGAAUUGAGAAAACUAAUGAUGUUGCAUGGAGGUCAAUACCAUGUGUAUUAUUCCAGAUCCAAAACAACACACAUUAUUGCCACAAAUCUUCCUAAUGCCAAAAUUAAAGAAUUAAAGGGGGAAAAAGUAAUUCGACCAGAAUGGAUUGUGGAAAGCAUCAAAGCUGGACGGCUCUUAUCCUACAUUCCGUAUCAGCUAUACACCAAGCAGUCCAGCGUGCAGAAAAGUCUUAACUUCAAUCCUGUAUGCAAACCUGAGGAGCCUGGGCCUGGUCCAAGCAAUAUAGCCAAACAGCUCAACAGCAGGGUAAAUCAUGUAAUUAAGAAGAUUGAGACAGAAAAUGAAGUCAAAGUCAAUGGAAUGAACAGCUGGAAUGAGGAAGAUGUAAACAGUGAUUUUAGUUUUGUGGAUCUGGAGACCAUUCCAGAAUGGAAACAAAAUGGAAUUCCACAUUCGAGAGACAGCACUGCCAUUUUUAAUGGACACAGUCCUAGCUCUAAUGGUGCCUUAAAGACACAGGAUUGCUUGGUGCCCUUGGGCAAUAGUGUUGCGAGCAGGCUUUCUCCAGACUCUGCCCAGGAGGAGAAGGUGGCUGAGAAGAGCACCACUGACUUCAGAGACUGCGCUCUGCAGCAGUUGCAGCAAAGCACCAGAAGUGCAGAUGCUUUGCGGAGUUCACACAGAACUAACUCUUUCUCAUUAUCAUCUUUGCACAGUAAUGCUAAAAUCAAUGGUGCUCACCACUCCACUGUUCAGGGGCCUUCAAGCACAAAAAGCACUUCUUCAGUACCUACUCUUAGCAAGGCAGCACCUUCAGUGCCAUCCAAACCUUCAGGCUGUAAUUUUAUCUCAGACUUUUAUUCUCGUUCAAGACUGCAUCACAUAUCAACGUGGAAGUGUGAACUGACUGAGUUUGUCAAUACCCUACAAAGACAAAGUAGUGGUAUCUUUCCAGGAAGGGAAAAGUUAAAAAAAAUGAAAACAGGCAGGUCUGCACUUGUUGUAACUGACACAGGAAAUAUGUCAGUUUUGAGUUCACCCAGACAUCAGAGCUGUAUAAUGCAUGUUGAUAUGGAUUGCUUCUUUGUGUCAGUGGGUAUACGAAAUAGACCAGAUCUCAAAGGAAAACCAGUAGCUGUCACAAGUAACAGAGGCACAGGAAGGGCACCUUUACGUCCUGGCACUAACCCCCAGCUGGAGUGGCAGUAUUACCAGAAUAAAGCCCUGAAAGGCAAAGCAGAUAUACCAGAUUCAUCAGUGUGGGAGAAUCAAGAUUCUGCACAGACAAAUGGGAUUGAUUCUGUGUUGUCAAAGGCCGAAAUUGCAUCUUGUAGUUAUGAAGCCAGCUACACGCAUAACAUCGAAGCUGUCAGUUGUGAUGAAGCACUGGUAGACAUCACCGAAAUCCUUGCAGAGACCAGACUAACUCCUGAUGAAUUUGCAAAUGCUGUCCGUAUGGAAAUCAAAGACCAGACUAAAUGUGCUGCCUCUGUGGGAAUUGGAGUUGGACGUUCAAUGGAAUCUAAGUUGACAUCUUUAGGAAUUAAAACUUGUGGAGACUUGCAGUAUAUGACCAUGGCAAAACUCCAAAAAGAAUUUGGUCCCAAAACAGGUCAGAUGCUUUAUAGGUUCUGCCGUGGUUUGGAUGAUAGACCAGUUAGAACUGAAAAGGAAAGAAAAUCGGUUUCAGCUGAGAUCAACUAUGGAAUAAGGUUUACCCAGCCAAAAGAGGCAGAAGGUUUUCUUCUGAGUCUUUCAGAAGAAAUUCAAAGACGACUUGAAGCUGCUGGCAUGAAGGGUAAACGCCUGACUCUCAAAAUCAUGGUACGAAAGCCAGGGGCCCCUAUAGAAACUUCAAAAUUUGGAGGCCAUGGAAUUUGUGAUAAUAUUACUAGGACUGUAACUCUUGACCAGGCAACUGAUAGUGCAAAAGUAAUUGGAAAGGCUACACUAAACAUGUUUCAUGCAAUGAAACUAAAUAUAUCGGAUAUGAGAGGGGUUGGGAUUCAAGUGAAUCAGCUGGUUCCAACUAAUUUGAAACUUUCCACGUGUUCCAAUUGCCCAUCAGUUCAGUCAAGCCACUUUCCUGCUGGGUCACACUCUGUUCGCGAUCUCUUCCAAGUUCAGAAAACUAAGAAAUCCAUAGAAGAGGAGCAUGCGGAAGUAUUUCUGGCUGCUAUGGAUCUAGAAAUAUCAUCUGCCCCUAGAACUUGCACCUUUUCUACACAUCUGCCAGCAAGUAUCAGUCCUGAUACUAGCAAAGCUGAGUCUUCAGGGAAACAGAAUGGUCUGCACUCUCCUGUCAGUGUACAAUCAAGACUUAACCUGAGUAUAGAGGUCCCGUCACCUUCCCAGCUCGAUCAGUCCGUUUUAGAAGCACUUCCACCUGAUCUCCGGGAACAAGUAGAGCAAGUUCGUGCUAUUCAGCAAGGAGACCCACAUGGUGACAGAAAGAAAGAACCCGUAAAUGGCUGUAAUACCGGAAUUUUGCCACAACCAGUUGGGACAGUUUUGUUGCAGAUACCAGAAACUCAGGAACCUAACAGUGACACAGGAAUAAGUGUAAUAGCCCUUCCAGCAUUUUCACAGGUGGACCCUGAGGUGUUUGCUGCCCUUCCUGCUGAGCUUCAGAAGGAGCUGAAAGCAGCAUAUGAUCAAAGACAAAGGCAGGGAGAGAACAGCACUCACCGGCAGCCAGCCAGCACAUCUGUGCCAAAGAAUCCUUUACUUCAGCUAAAGCCAGCAGCAGUGAAAGAUAAGAAAAAAAGCAAGAAAAAAAACCCCAUCAGUUCCCCCAAAAAGAUUCAGAGCCCUCUGAAAAACAAGCUACUUAACAGUCCUGCGAAAACUCUGCCAGGGGCCUGUGGGAGUCCCCAGAAAUUAAUCGACGGGUUUCUAAAACAUGAAGGACGUGCUGCUGCUGAGAAGCCCCUGGAAGAACACUCUGCCUCCACCUCCGGUGUGCCAGGCCUUCCCAGUCUGCAGCCUGAUGCAUCUGGCUGUGUUAGACCCCCAGCACCCAACCUAGCUGGUGCUGUUGAGUUCAGUGAUGUGAAGACCUUGCUCAAAGAAUGGAUCACUACUAUUUCAGAUCCAAUGGAAGAAGACAUUCUGCAAGUUGUGAAAUACUGUACUGAUCUAAUAGAGGAAAAAGAUUUGGAAAAACUGGAUCUAGUUAUAAAAUACAUGAAAAGGUUGAUGCAACAAUCGGUGGAAUCUGUUUGGAAUAUGGCGUUUGACUUUAUUCUUGACAAUGUUCAGGUGGUUUUACAACAAACUUACGGAAGCACAUUAAAAGUUACAUAAAUAUUACCAGGGAGCCUGGUGCUCUCCGCUAGCUGUGCCAUAAGUGCUUGUGAGGUAUUUGCAAAGUGCAUGAUAGUAAUGCUCUGAGUUUUUAUAAUUUUAAAUUUCUUUUUAAGCAAGUGUUUUGUACAUUUCUUUUCGAAGAGUGCCAAAUUUGUCAGUAUUGCAUGUAAAUAACUGUGUUAAUUCUUUUACUGUAGCAUAGAUUCUAUUUACAAAUGUUUGUUUAUAAAGUUUUAUGGAUUUUUACAGUGAAGUGUUUACAGUUGUUUAAUAAAGAACUAUAUGUAUAUUUUG